AUGGAGACCAUAGGGAAAUCGAAGGAGAAGCUGGAUAGUGUUGGCCUAGCGAAGAGGGGCGACACCAAGCAGGCGGUGGUGACGCCAGUCGCUCAGCGGGUAGCGCCUUGGGUGAGGGAUGUAGUGUACUCGAGUGUUGUUAUGGCGACGCCAGGAAAUACAGGUGACGUUAGGGGUUGUUCAGGCGGCGCCCGAGGCUGGUCAGCGACGUCGGAGGCUAGACAAGGUGAUUCGGGCGACGACGCCUCAGUCGUAGGAGUUACGGGUGAUGCCUCGAGGGAGGAUGGCGACGCUUGGGGUGAAGUCUUAGGUCUUCGUGAAGAGCAAGUGGGCGACACCACCUUGUGUGUGGAGGGUGAUGCCAAUACGUGCGUAAGAGGCGACGCCAGUGUGGCAGGUGGUGCUAGUGUUGCUAAGCUGUCGAGGGGUACCAAGCAAUACUUAGGAGCUACUGAUCCUAUAGGCGAGGGCACCAUCCUAGAUUCCAGUGAUGCCCAAUUCAUCUAUGAUGCAGAGGAGUGCAAGGGAGGUGAUACCGCUGCCAGAUGCGAUGCCAAACUUGCUACUGUGGGCUACACCACCCCAACUACUAAGGGUGACUAUAGGGUUACGGGUGUUGAGGCAAAGAGGAAGACGAAGCGCUUGAUGUCUCUAGGUGGCGCCAACCACGCUCUGGGCAACUCCAAUGACAAGCUAGGCGGUGCCAGUUACGCGCUAAAUGGCACCAGUGGCAUGCGAAGAGGCGGCCUAGGCAGAUCUUCCAGUGUGGGUGACCCCCAUGGACUAGGCAUCAACUUUUGUGACAUGUUAAGUGCAAGAGCAGGUGAUCCAAGUGCUCAGGGAAUAGAGACAGGCAUUGAAACGCUAUUUGGUGGAGUGGCUGGAGGAAAACAAGGUACCCGGACUAGUAGAGGCAAUACAGCUGAGGUUAGGCAGGCAUCAUAG